UAUCUUGAUGGAGAUAUCACCAUUUUCAACCGCGGGGUCGAUCGUCACAACGCACUCAAGGGCUUUGACUUUGGCUCCGCGGUGCAUGUAAGGGACGAGGAUUCAAAGACCAACUUCGGGAAGACCGAUUGGAUUUUCCAACCUGCCUUUACGUUUUGGCGUCUUGGGACGACGUGUUCCUCACGAGUCCGACAAGCGUCCGACAUUAAAUGCAUCAAACAAGAUCUUCGGGACGGUGAUUUCGCCGUGGCAUCUACGGCCAAGAAAUAUCGAGUGAGGUGUGAUCGAAGCGUGCUGGUCCAGAAGCCAAUUCUGCAGCUUCCGUGAACUUCAAGAGUCUAUA